CCUAAACCAGAGUGCUGUGGUUCUUCCCAGCGGACCCACGACCACCGGACCCAUCGCUCCCAUCGGGUAAAGCUCCCGACGUUAACGUCCCACUGCCAUUCAUAAUUCUCCUCGUUCGUGCGGUUUCCUCCCCUAAUUUCGUUUAGAUAAGAUCACACAACUAUCUGGCGAUUCGGCUUCGAAAGGUCCGUUUAACUAAAUAAAUAAAAUCAGUGUAGUGUAAUAAUGAAUUAGAUAAACUCGACUCAAGUGUUCAAAUAUUUGUGUACGGACCCUCCCUAAAUCAAUGUUUGUCUAAGUGUAUUCUAAUUAUAAACAUUGCCGGUAUUAAUUUAGUGGUGUGGUGAAUUUCGAUGUGAUGCUGCAUCGGGUGUGCAGCCAGUUCGGGUCAUGCUGACUGCUCGAUCCGGGGCUCCGAAAUGGCGGUGAGAGUUGGGCUGUUGCUCGUCUGGAGUACGCUGGUCUCGACCGCCCUGCCGCCAGUCAUCCGAAUCGGCGCGAUCUUCACCGAGGACCAGAAGGACAGCAGCGUGGAGCUGGCGUUCAAAUACGCCGUCUACAAGAUCAACAAGGACCCCGAGCUGCUCCCCAAGACCACCCUGGUCUACGACAUCCAGUACGUGCCUCGCGACGACAGUUUCCGGACCUCCAAGAAAGCGUGUCGCCAGAUGGAAUUCGGAGUCCAAGCGAUCUUCGGUCCGUCCGACCCCGUCUUAGGUGCCCACAUCCAAAGCAUCUGCGAAGCCCUCGACGUCCCUCACCUCGAGGCGCGCAUCGACUUCGAGCCGUCGUCGAAGGAGUUGUCCAUCAACCUGCACCCGAGCCAGGAGCACAUGAACAAGGCCUUCAAGGACCUCAUGACCUUCCUGAACUGGACCAAAGUCGCGAUCAUUUACGAGGAAGACUACGGGCUGUUCAAGCUCCAGGAACUGGUGAAAACUCCGGCCGCCGCCAAGACGGAGAUGUACAUCCGUCAAGCGGGACCCACCUCCUAUCGCCAAGUCCUGCGGGAGGUGCGACAGAAGGAGAUUUACAAGCUCAUCGUCGACACGAACCCGAGGAACAUACAAAAAUUUUUUAGAGCGAUAUUGCAGCUGCAGAUGAACGACUACAGAUACCACUACAUGUUCACGACGUUCGAUUUGGAAACGUUCGAUCUGGAAGAUUUCAAAUACAAUUCCGUAAAUAUAACGGCGUUCAGGAUCGUCGACGUCGACCACCCACACACGAAGGAAACCCUCGAAGUUAUGGAAAAAUUCCAGCCGAUUGGUCAUGCAAUCCUCAACAGAAGCGGAAUUAUUCAGGCGGAGCCUGCCCUUAUGUAUGACUCUGUGUAUGUUUUUGCUAAAGGCCUCACCCUGAUGAAUUCCACAAAGCCAAUGAACCUAUCUUGCGACAUCGAAAAGCCCUGGGAUGAUGGAUUGUCCCUCCACAAUUAUUUGAACUCGAACGAUUAUCACGGGUUGACCGGCGACGUCGAGUUCAGCGGCGGGAAGAGGGCCAACUUCAAGCUGGACCUCCUCAAGUUGAAGAAGGAAGAGAUCAGGAAAGUGGGGCAGUGGACGCCGUCGGGGGGCAUCAACAUCACGGACCUGAACGCUUUCUACGAGAGUCACGCGCCCAACAUCACCCUCGUCGUCAUGACCAGGGAGGAGCGGCCGUACGUGAUGGUGAAAGAUGAGAAAAAUUUAACCGGAAACGCCAGAUACGAGGGAUUUUGCAUAGACCUAUUGAAAUGGAUCGCAGGCCAAGUCGGCUUCCAGUAUACGAUUCGGCUAGUUCCAGACCACAUGUAUGGAGUAUACGACCCGGAUACGAAGGAGUGGAACGGGAUCGUCCGGGAGCUCAUGGAGAAGAGGGCCGAUCUCGCCGUGGCCUCGAUGACGAUAAAUUAUGCACGAGAGAGCGUAAUCGACUUCACUAAACCGUUUAUGAACCUCGGCAUCGGAAUUCUAUUCAAGGUGCCGACGUCGCAACCGACGCGGCUCUUCAGUUUUAUGAACCCCUUAGCCGUGGAGAUUUGGCUGUACGUCCUCGCGGCGUACAUGCUGGUGUCGUUCACGCUCUUCGUGAUGGCGAGAUUCUCGCCGUACGAAUGGAACAACCCUCAUCCGUGUCAUCAGGAAUCAGACAUUGUGGAGAACCAAUUCUCGGUCUCCAAUAGUUUCUGGUUUAUAACUGGAACAUUUUUACGGCAGGGAUCCGGACUGAAUCCGAAGGCAACGUCUACGAGGAUUGUAGGCGGUAUCUGGUGGUUUUUUACUCUUAUAAUAAUCUCGUCGUACACCGCAAAUUUGGCCGCCUUCCUAACGGUGGAACGCAUGAUUACCCCCAUUGAGAGCGCCCAGGACCUCGCCGACCAGACUGAUAUAGCGUACGGAACUCUCGAAGGAGGCAGCACUAUGACGUUUUUUAGGGACUCUAAGAUCGGCAUCUACCAGAAAAUGUGGCGUUUCAUGGAGAGCCGCAAGCCGCCCGUCUUCGUCAAGACGUACGAGGAAGGCGUCCAGCGCGUCCUCGAAGGAAAUUACGCGUUCCUAAUGGAAUCUACGAUGUUGGACUACGCCGUUCAAAGAGACUGCAAUUUAACGCAAAUUGGAGGACUGCUCGACUCAAAGGGCUACGGGAUAGCGACGCCAAAGGGCAGCCCGUGGAGAGACAAAAUAUCGCUCGCCAUCCUCGAGCUCCAGGAGAAGGGGGUGAUCCAGAUACUCUACGACAAGUGGUGGAAAAAUACCGGGGACGUCUGUAAUCGAGAUGAUAAAAGCAAAGAAUCCAAAGCCAACGCCCUCGGCGUCGAAAAUAUUGGAGGUGUGUUCGUGGUGCUGCUCUGCGGCCUCGCGUUGGCAAUUCUGGUUGCCAUCCUCGAGUUCUGCUGGAACAGCAAGAAAAAUGCUCAAACCGAUCGUCAAUCUUUGUGUUCGGAGAUGGCGGAGGAGCUGAGAUUCGCCGUUCGUUGUCACGGCUCCAGACAGAGACCCGCUCUGAGGAGGUCGUGCACGAGGUGCAGUCCCGCCACCACCUACGUCCCGGCGGCGCUGGACCUGCCCCACAUCAACGGGGAGAGCGUCAUCAUGCCCAUGAUGGAGCUAAAGAAGUCGCCCGUCACCUACGACGUGGACACUUAGCGGCGACUCUUCGCUGGGGGCACCUCCACGUUCGCGUGCACCUCCAGC